AUGCGGUUCUUCCUCAUCUCCUCCUCUCUCCUCCUGGUACUUGUCCACUGCAAUUACCCGGUUGCACCGGGAAGCUACCCGACUCCGCCGCCCUCGGAUUCCUACGUGAUCCCCAAACAGUCUUAUGCGGUGCCGCCAGCCGCUUACGCCACCAAACCGCAAUACGGUCGCCGGUUCAACUCGGCUCCCGAAGGAGCCGGAGCCCAAGUGGCCACUCUUCCCAGCGCAUACUCCUCGGACAACGAAGAGCCCGUCGCAGCUCCGCCGGCGCCACCGACUGACUCUUCGAUCGGACUCGCUCCGGCUCCCCCCACCUACGGAGGCUCCGUUUCUUCGCCGGAAAUCGCUGGAGGAUCCGCUUUGAACUACAUCUCGGAAUCGCCAACCACCGCGCCAGCUUGUGAGUUCGAGUCUGCACUGGGCGUACCCUACCAAACAUUGGUUUUCUUUUCCAGACCGCCGUCGCGCCAAGGCCCGUGCCCGUGCCCGUGCCCGUGCUCGUGCUCCGACCGUCCACAACCGUCUCUACCAACGUCGUCCGCUCCAGCCGAUCCGUCGAUUCCAGAAGAAGGCCAGACAAUAA